GGUUGAAUUCCAAAAUUUGUACAGAUGAAAAGACUUAGAGUGCUUAUCAAUCGUAAUGCAAGUUUUUCAAGUGGACCUAAUUAUCUCUGCAACGAAUUAAGAGUACUAGAUUGGUUUGAAUAUCCGCUACAAUCUUUGCCACCCGAUUUCCAUGGAAAUAAACUCAUUAUCUUUAAAAUCCGUGGUGCCUUCAUCAGGGAGUUAAGCUUCAUCAGGGAGUUUAAGAAUAUGACAAUUAUGGAAUUUCAUGAUUGUAAUUGCUUAACAAAACUUCCUGAUGUUUCAAGCAUCCCAAAUUUGAAGAACUUGAAGGCCAUAAAUUGUGAAAAUUUAGUUGAGGUGCAUAAUUCCGUAGGAUCCUUGAAGAAUCUUUGUCACUUGAGUUUUUUCGGAUGCUCUAAACUCAGAAUUCUUCCAACAAGCCUCAAGUUGAGAUCUUUACGCACCCUUAAUCUUAGUGGUUGCUUAAGCCUUCGUAGCUUUCCUGAAAUUGAUUGUGAAAUGAAAUCUUUAACUACAUUAGCUCUACCAUAUUGGAGUGCAGUAGAAGAACUACCAUUAUCAAUUGGCAAUCUUACUAGAUUUGAUGAAUCUUUUCUACGUGGCUGCAAAAACCUUAAGCAUCUCCCAAUUAACAUUAUUCUUCGGUUGCAACAUUUGAGAAGGCUUGGGGGUUGUACAAAUCUCCCAAUGGAAGAAAAGAUUUCAUCGAAUGAAGGACAACUCCAGGAAUUGGCGCGUCCAACAAAUUCAAGCAAUGGAAGCAGUGUGUUACAAGUGUUGAAUCGUCAAAAUUGUUUCCAAUCAGAAUCAAAUUUCUUUCCAAUAUCAAGUUUCUUUACCAUGUUUAAUUCUUCGGCCACUUUGACUAAUUUAGAUCGAAGUACAUUUGUAAGCCUUCCCACGAGUAUCAAAGGAUUUGUUGCACUUAUUGAGCUCUACUUGAAAGAUUGCAAGAAACUUGAAGAAAUUGCAGAACUUCCACCAAAUAUAGCAAAUGUAUUUGUUGAAGGAUGUCAGUCGUUAGAAAGAUUUCCAGAAGUAUCAAGAAUAUUGGAAUUCAAUGGAAGCCACAUUAGAUCGCUGGGUUUUAUUGGCUUGGAGGGCUGCAACAAAAUGCAUGAGAAGAUUUGGAAUUAUAAAGUGCCAAAUCCAUUACUGUGGAAGGGACAUUAUAAUGCUACUGUGUUACCAGAAAAUGAGAUUCCAGAGUGCUUAUGGUAUCAGAAAGAAUUUUUAGGAAAUAAAAUUGCUAAGAGAGGAGAUGAUGAUGUCCAAUUGAAAGGAAAUGAAGAAUGGGUAAUAAAUAUUGAGGGGCCACACCAUUUGGAGGAUAUAAGCGGAAUUGUAAUAUAUGUCUUGAGUAUUUUGUUCCUGAUGUUAAGAUAACCAGUAUCAGCUCAAAUUGUGUAUGCCGUAUCGAUAGUGAAGAAAGUCUAU